UUUUUGAUCAUUGUCAUUUUUCGCUGUUUCCUGAAACAUCCAUGACGCUUCAUUUAAUUUUCGCCACCUGAACGCUUUCUUUUUAUAUAUGCAAAAUCCUGCAACUAUUUGAUAACUCUCUCAAAGCUACUUGAAUGCUUUGUUUAAAACGUACAAAAUUUGUUAUUUUCAAGCUUUCCGUGGAAGCGAAAAAUCGGCCAUAACAGGCUUCCUGAAAGUUUUCUAUAGCUAGUUAUCUACUGUCUCACAAUUCUCUAAUGGUUAUCUCAAUACUUCAAAACAACUUUUUGUUCAGCUUAACAUAGCGUAGGAUUUUCGACUAGGACCUUUUUGAAAUUACCGAAUGAAAAAACGUAUACCGGGCAUUGCUUUCGAAGGUCUUCAGCAACCUUUCUAUCGAAUUUGAACGCAAACGUCACUAUGUUGAAGCAACUAGGCGGAUGGAAUUCCUCGAGUAUAGCAGAAGGUUAUGUCGAAAAUUCCUUGAAAAAUAGGGAACUAAUUAUUCAAGGUAUAACAAAUGCAGCCAGAUCUAAUAACGAUUCUACGAAUAAUCCAUCAACUAGUAAACAAUGCGUAGAACCUACACCUGAAGUAGCAAAUGUGAAUCAUCUAUUCGAUGACUUUGAUGUAACCGAGGAGGAGCUGUGUGAAAUUGAUGAGUUAAAUCUUUUAAAAGAAACUGCCAAAGCAUCGAGAUCUGAAUUUAAAACUGCCAAAAAUGAAAAAUUGAAUGUCCCGUGUAUUCAGUCAAAAGUACCUACACAUUUCAUGUCAAAAUCACCGAUUAAAGUUCCUUUCACCGAAAAUCAAAAAGAACCACCACUAAAGAAAAGAAAAAUCCGAGAAGAGGGAAUUAAUACCAAUGAGCAAACUUCAGGAUCCUUGAACUCAGUGGAAAAUGUUCACGAUUUCUAUAGAAUCACUGAAUAUCGAAGAGAAUAUUCAACAUGA